AGCUAUUCAACGACGUCUCAUGCCUCUUAUAACAAUGUUUUCUACGAGAAGUCAAGAUAUACUUGAAGUAAAUCUCAUGGCCCCAAAAGCAUAAACUCGCAUUGAAGUUUUGCACUAAUUGUAAUUUGCAUUUCAGAUGUGGACGUUGAGCCGAUAUUAUUUGCGAUCAGAAGAGUGUCUAUUCGUAGCGACUUCUGAAGCCUCUUGUCAAUAAUGGUUUCGCUUGCGCAACUUCAGUCUGCGGACUCAUCUUAUCAUGCCAACUUCAAAACUCUGUGGGAUGAGUUCUGUAUGGUUCAGAAGAGCAUUUCACUUAUUCUCCUGUGCAACCCAACAACUAGUUCCGCCCCUAUGAGGACUGUGGGUCCUGGACAAAGGCGGUCUCACGAUGAAGGCGAUUCUUCUCUUGAGCCAAGUUUGUUGCUCCAAAAGCAAAAUCCAUCGCUCAGUAAUCCACACACGCUUUCCGAGAACAAUUCUAAGCCACGUGAUAAUUCUCGGUUUUCUCCAUCUGAGAAUAUCUCGGGGAAGAUCCCUUAUGUUGGUGGGGGUUUAGUUCCCAGCACUAGGAUUCCAAAGGAAUCGAGAAAAGGACAUAAAAAGUCAAGACGCGGCUGCUUCAGCUGCAAGCGAAGAAAGAUCAAGGUAUUCCCCACAUAGAUAGAUCUCUGCGUUUUUGAAGACCGUCUAACCACUAACGUGGAAAUGAAGUGUCAAGAAACACAGCCCUCAUGUGAAAACUGCAUUAAGAUUCAAUCAUCUUGUGUGUAUCCACAACCACAAACCCUAUCUGCCCUCCACGAAUCCUCAGCAUACGCAGCAAACCCCGUUACAUCAAUCAACCUCCAAGCUACACCUGUAAUCUUCUCCCUGGCCGACAUGAGACUUUUCCAUCACUUCCUUCAAGACGCGUAUCCCCACCUUCCUGUCGGAAACGACACCGCAUGGACAACACAAGUCCCAUUAAUCGCUCAUCACGUACGUCGUCAUACCUGUCUGGCGUCUGACCACUCAAUAUCCGCUGAUCUUCCAGAACAGAACGAGUAUGUUAUGCAUGCAAUUCUUGGUAUGGCAGCUACUCACUUACAACUCGUUACUGGGACACCACUUUGCACAACAGCGUUGCAACAUCGUGUCCAUGCUAUUGCGGGCUCUAAUCAAGCUUUGAGUCGUCCGACACGGACGGGGGUUGAUGGUGACGCGUUGUUGGCUUCUUGUUACUUGCUUGUGUUCCAGUCUUCAUACAUGGCUGACGGUAUGCGGGAGUUCUUCCGGAUGAUUCGAGGAUGUGCGAUGCUUACUAUGCAGUUGAGGGCGGAGAAUAUACCCAUGGCGUUUUUUCUACCGAAUAAGUAUCAUUUUUCUGUUAUGCAAGAAAGGCUCGUGGAUCUCCCCGUUAUUGAUGAGAGGCUGGUAGAAAGUGCGAGGAAAUCUUUGGAGUUACUACCACAUGACCGGUUCGAUUGUUGGCAUACAGCUUUUUACAACUCUUUGAUAUCAACACUCGACUCCCUGGCCAUCUCGUCCCUACAAUGUAAGCUAUUAUCCAACUUCGCCCUCUGAUUUCCAUCACAACACCUCAGCUUAUUGAAUUCGUAGCAUACUUCAAAUUCCUACUCAUCUACCAAGACCUCCUCAAAAUGGAUACCCUAUUCUUCAACAGCUUCCUCGACCACUCGAACCACCUCGCCCACAUUCUACUCGUGCACCUUCUUGCUAUAGAGUUGAUUUUGGAACCAAUUAUUGAGAGAGAAUUUGGGGGUAGGAGACGUCCGAUGUCAUCCAGAUUUCAUUUGGACUGGAUAUCCUGCGCAUGCAAUGAGAUGCCAGUCAACAUGCGUCAUUAUUUGAAGUGGCCUAGUGAGAUGGCUGAUUUGUUUGGAAGAAGUACUUUGAGGGGGAAGGGACUGGUUUAG